AGGAGGCCGGACGGGGCGGGGCGGGGCGGGCGAUGUUUGCGGCCGGCCCCGGGGUGGGGAGUUGCGCGCCGGUCCCUGGGCCUGGGCUCCGGCGCCUGCGAUGUCUCAAGAUGGCGGAGCUGGGCGAGUUAAAGCACAUGGUGAUGAGUUUCCGGGUGUCCGAGCUCCAGGUGCUUCUGGGCUUUGCCGGCAGGAACAAGAGUGGGAGAAAGCACGAGCUGUUGACCAAGGCCCUACAGCUUCUCAAGUCUGGCUGCGGCCCCAGUGUCCAGAUGAAGAUCAAAGAACUCUACCGCAGGCGUUUCCCCAGAAAGGCCCUUGUCCCUUCUGAGCUGUCGCUGCUUUCUUUGCCCCCAGGAGCUCCCCCGAUUGUCCCUCCUGGCCCACUGACUCCUGCCCCCUCCACCCUCUUGCCUUCAGGACCCCUCUUGGGGGGGCCUAAACGGGAGGCUGAUGUACACCCUUCUCUGCCCCAGCCGGUCCACCCUGAUGUCACGAUGAGGCCACUGCCCUUCUAUGAUGUAUAUGGGGAACUUAUCCGACCCACCACCCUUGCAUCCACCAACAGCCAGAGGUUUGAGGAGGCUCAUUUCACCUUUGCACUGACACCACAGCAGGUGCAGCAGAUCCUCUCAUCCAGGGAUGUCCUGCCUGGUGCCAAGUGUGAUUAUACAGUACAGGUCCAACUGAGGUUCUGUCUCUGUGAGACCAGCUGCCCCCAGGAAGAUUAUUUUCCUCCCAACCUCUUUGUCAAAGUUAAUGGGAAACUGUGUCCCCUGCCGGGUUAUCUUCCCCCAACCAAGAAUGGGGCUGAACCAAAAAGGCCCAGCCGACCCAUCAACAUCACAUCCUUAGUUCGACUUUCAGCCACGGUUCCCAAUACUAUUGUGGUCAAUUGGUCAUCUGAGUUUGGACGUAAUUACUCACUGUCAGUGUACCUAGUGAGGCAGCUGACCUCCGUGACGCUCCUGCAAAAACUGAGAGCAAAGGGCAUCCGGAAUCCGGAUCACUCUCGGGCACUGAUUAAGGAGAAACUGACAGCUGACCCUGACAGUGAAGUGGCCACCACAAGUCUUCGUGUGUCACUGAUGUGCCCGCUAGGGAAGAUGCGUUUGGCCGUCCCGUGCCGGGCCCUCACCUGUGCCCACCUACAGAGCUUCGAUGCUGCCCUCUACCUGCAGAUGAAUGAGAAGAAGCCAACGUGGACUUGCCCUGUGUGUGACAAGAAGGCUCCCUAUGAAUCUCUUGUCAUAGAUGGAUUAUUUAUGGAGAUUCUGAAUUCCUGCACUGACUGUGAUGAGAUCCAGUUCAUGGAAGAUGGAUCCUGGUGUCCAAUGAGGCCCAAAAAGGAGACACCAGAGGUUUGCCCUACAUCAGGCUAUGGGUUAGAUGGUCCCUCCUUUGGCCCUGGUCCUGAGGGCAAGCCUCCUGAGUCCAAGAAGAAGAUCGAGGUCAUCGACUUAACCCUUGACAGCUCUUCAGAUGAAGAAGACCUGCCCCCUCCCAAGAAGCACUGUCCUGUCACCUCCGCCACCAUCCCUGCCCCACCUGGAGGCAAAGGUUUCCUCUCUCCUUACAGAGUACUGGCUACCAAUCACCAGCCCUCAUCUGUACUCCGAAGCCCAGCUAUUGGUACCCUGGGUAGUGACUUCUUGUCUAGCCUCCCUCUUCCUGAAUAUCCACCAGCCUUUUCUUUGGGGGCUGAUCUCCAGGGUUUGGACUUAUUUACUUUCUUUCAGAAUGAAAGUCAGCACUACAGUCCCUCGGUCAUCACCUCAAUAGAUGAACAGGAUACCCUUGGCCAUUUCUUCCAGUACCGGGGCACCCCUUCCCACUUCCUGGGUCCGCUGGCCCCAGUGUUGGGGAGCUCUCACAGAGGCUCCCCUCCAGCACCCCCUUCUGGCCGAGUCAGCAGCAUCGUGGCCCCUGGGGGAACCCUGAGGGAUGGACAUGGGGGACCCCUCCCUCCAGGUUCUUCCCUGACUGGCUGUCGGCCAGACAUUAUCUCCCUGGACUGAAACUCUAGGAUUCUGGACCUCCUCACCCACCUCCAGCACUGAGUGGGGACAGCAGGGGAGCCCUGUCCCUCAGCCCCAUCAACUCAUCCCCUUGGGGCUCUAGCCAAAGGCUACAAAACAGACACUCAUGGACUUGUCUCCUGGCUCCCUCUCUGCCUGGCAGGGCCAGCAUCCAAAGGGUUAAUAUUUAACCUCUUUAAAAGGACAUUUUGGAUUUAUUUUUGGAAAUGCUCUUCAUAUGGAGGCAUGUAAGCCAAGAAGGGAAGGGAGCUAUAAGAUCAUGCCUAAGUUUUGAGCCUGGAUGGUUUUCCAUUCAUUUCUUCCUUUCUCUACCACCCAGUGUGACUCCGAGCUAGUAGACCUGAAACAGCUGGGGUAUGAGGGGCAGGGAGAGUGGGUAGAUGGAUGGACAGGAGAUCUUGAUCAGCCCCCCCCUUAGUACACCUGAUAUUUCUUCUAUGUCCAUUCAUUCUCCUUCUAUAUAUGGGACAGACAGACAGAUGGAGAGAUAAAGACACGGCCUGAAGUCUCUAUUUUCAGUUGCAGCUUUUUGUACAUAAAUGAGAAAAACCAAAAAACUCCAAAGAUGACCCCUACUCCUUUCCCAGUCUGACUGAGGAUGAGAUGAGGCGAUCUCCCUCCUCUGCUUCUCUAAGGUUUGGGAUGGGAGGGGAGGUAGGGUUUUGUCCUGUUGCCUGGUUCUCUAUUUAUAUAUAUAAGUAUAUAUUUAAGUUGACAACACUUCCCCAAGGCUUCCCUAUCCUGGGGUCCGAGGUUCCAGUGGGACCCAUAGUCUUCAGCUAUGGCCACAGAACUCAUUCUGCACCUUUGGGGGUGGACAUUUAGUCCUCCCCCCCCCCCAAUUCCCCUUUCCCUCUUUUAUGACCUUUGUUUUAAUUUAAUUUCCUAUUUCCAAAGUUGUAGCAAUGUUCUCACCGACAAUAAAGGUUGUGAAUCCUAUGUAUGUCCAUAGGGAAAUGCA